AUGUCUAUUAUGAGCUAUACUGGCGGCACUAUUCUGGCAAUGGCCGGGAACGACUGUGUUUGUAUUGCUUCUGAUUUACGACUUGGUGAACAGAUGACCACAAUUGCAACGAAUAUGAAAAAAGUGCAUAAAUUGGGCGAGAAAGUUUAUAUCGGUUUGGGUGGAUUUCAUUCGGAUGCUAAAACAGUUCUUGACAAAAUAACUUUCCGGAAAAAUCUAUACGAAUUAAGGGAGAACCGGAAAAUAAAACCUGAGGUGGCAGCUGUAAUGGUAUCGAAUCUGCUGUAUCAGUAUCGAUUUGGUGGUUAUUUCACGGAACCAUUGAUUGCAGGCCUGGACCCGACGACUAAUAAACCGUACAUUUGUGCCAUGGAUACUAUAGGUUGCAUCUCUGCCCCUAAUGACUUUGUCGCCGUAGGAACGGGAACUGAAUAUUUGUUAGGCGUCUGCGAAGGAUUCUGGAAAGAAGGUAUGAGUUCUGAUGAGUUAUUCGAAGCAACAGCACAAUCAAUGUUAUCUGCAAUGGAACGUGAUGCCGCUUCCGGUUGGGGUGUGAUCGUUUAUACAAUAACUAAAGAUAAAGUUAAUGUAAAAACCAUCAAAGCUAGAAUGGAUUAA